GGCGGUAUCGCUGGAGCCUCGUUGCCCCUGUAGUCUCUACAUUACCUUUUUAAUAUGCACCCCUCUUUCACUUUUUCCUCUUUUUCCAGGAAAUUUUCGUUGCAUCACAUUUAUAGCCAAAAGCCCAACUUAAAUUAGUGGGCCGGGGACUAAUUUUAAUAAGUAGUCAGAAAGUGAUUGUUUCCGGUUGAACAAAAUUCGGAAGCAUUUACAGCUAUCUCUGUACGGUGUGUUGAGUUCUUUUCGAUUUGAUUUACAUUUCAUCCGAUCCGCGGCUUUGCAAAGCUAUUCAAGGAUUAUGUUUCGUUUGUUUUAAUCCAGUUCUAACCUAAAAAGCCUUCUCGCAUAUCGGUUUCGACUGUAUUUUUAAUGUGCAGUGUAUCUUUACUGUUCUUUGCACUUGAUACAUCAUCGUAUGGUAGAUUGAAUGCCUAAUAUUGAUUUACUUCGGAUGUUGGACCGGAAUGUGCGGCGCACCGGAUUGCAGCUUCGGUGAUUACACAACUCCAUAAUCUUCCCUCCGUAAUUAUUGAAAAACCCGGGGAAUCGAAUUAGCAGUACGCGAAAACAGAGUUUGUCCUGGGAAUCUUGCUGCGCUGAGUUCGCAUCCGCGCUUGAAAUUCUGGAACUGAAAGUACACACAAAGAAAAUCAAGAAAAAUGGGUGGUGUCAGCUCUGACUGUUGCGGGAAAUGCAAACCGAAGUAUAAGCGACUGGUGGAUGACAUUUAUCCAGCUACGGCCGAGGAGGGAAUCAACAGAUCUCAGCUGGAUAAGCUGGUAUUUUAUUCCCUGUCUCACCCGGAGAAGCUGGAUAAAAUCGGCAAAUAUUUAUUAUUUUGUCUUGAGUAUUACAUAUACCGGAAGCGAUCAGAGUUUAGUAGAAUAACAAUGGAAGCGAUGGAUUCUUUACUGUCAUCCUGCAAAUCCUCUGAUCAGCAUACGCGACUAAAUCUGUUCGUUGGUUCCUUUUUGAAAAUGAAUCUGUUACUACUGGAAUGUCAGGAUGUGACGUUGCAAGUGUAUGCCGUGCAGUCAUUUGUUAAAUUUGCCGACAUUCCGGAAGAUAUCCCUUCGUAUCAUCGGAGUUACGAUCAGUUUGUGGAUAAAUUUAGCAUGAUGUGUCACAACGGCGAUUCUAAUCCGUCUACAAGAAAGGCCAUUCGUAAAGCCGGCAUGAUGGGAAUUCGUGGUAUUAUUCGGAAAACCGUGUCAGAUGAUUUGCAAGUGAACAUCUGGGAACAGGUUCAUAUGGAUAAAAUUGUACCAUCUUUGAUCUUCAAUAUGCAACAGACAGAAGAUAAAACCAGAGGGAUUUCGGAAGAAUCCAACGGAAUCGAUGGUAUUCCUACAAUGGAUGUUCAGGAACUGGAAUCUUAUGCUAAAAGCAUUCUUCAGGAAAUCUGUGGCCGCACGAUGUUUGCCAAUAUUAAAGCCGUUAUGAGCCCAGCUUUGAAACAUCUCGAUAACAAUAAUUUGUGGGUGCCGGGUGAAUUCGCUAUUUUCAUUAUCAAGACCAUUUGCUACGCUAUUCCCAAUCAGUACGCCUAUAAAGCCGUACAGAUUAUUGUGGGGCAUUUGGAUAACCAUGCCCAGAGUCCACCGGAAAUUAAAACAACCAUUGCGCGCUGUUUGGCCGAAACCGUGGACAUUGCCACGUCGGUUGGCCCGGCAGUUUUUGAAGUCUUCAGUGCUUUGCUGCGACAUCUCAAAGUGUCCGUUGACCGUCAAAUCAAGGCAGCAGCUGUAGAUCCCGGCGAGCAGGCUUACCAGGAAGCCCUGGUGGUUACAAUUGGUGAAUUUGCUACCAAUUUGCCGGACUAUCAAAAGAUAGAAAUUAUGCGAUUCAUCAUGGAUAAAGUAGUUGUUCGCGGGGGUGACGAUCAUGUCAGCGCCACUUGGUUACCGUUGCUGUUGUUGCGCAGUCUUUUGAAGGUGGCUACCAAAUACAUCCCCGUACAGAUGACCACUACGUUUCCCAUUGCAUUUCUGGAUCUACUUAUGAAAGGCUCGUUGUCUCCAUCAGCAGAAGUGCGCAUUCUGGUUCAUAACAUCUUUCAUACUCUGGUGGACCGGCAUGCGAAUCUUACCAGACUGCUGGAGGGAUCGGAUGUUUUACCUUGUCGUCUAGAUUUAACACUACAAGAUCCACCUUCUGCUGAGGACAUUAAUUUUGCCAAGAAUAAUGUUAAGCGCUUGUUGUUGUGCAUGUUUGAGAAUAUUGACCGUUCUGACAACACCGGGAGUUCUUACAAGGCGAUUAAUAUCACCAUCAUAUUAUUGAUAUUGGAGCUGGGAAAAGUCCACGAAGAUGUUAUUUUGGAGUUCAUCCGUUUCCUCUUUGGUGUGCAAGACCUGGCGGUGAACUCCCCGGAUUUAUCAACAUUACAGAGGAACUCCGCAUACGGAAUUAGCGCUAACGGGAUGAGUUUAAUUCCCAGAUUUAUUAACGCACCUCGAUUCGCUGCGCAUAUUGAACAGAUUCUGUCAGAACGGGAAAAAAGUUUCCACUUGACGUUAGCGCCUGCUUGUUUUGCUCAACGAUCGAUCUCCAUGCUUACUGCUAAUCAGACGCCUUUGAAAUCAUUUUCCCGAAGCCCGUCGAAAACGUCAACUCCGGCUACACCGAUAGCGAAGGCUUCGGCGACCGAUCCACCAUUAUUCCGCUUGGAAGUUCUGCUGGAAGAUAUUUCUAAUGAUCCGAAUUUACGGCUGGAUGUUUCGCGGUUGGAAACCAAAUAUAACGCACUGCAGUCUGAGUUUGCAAAACAAGAAAUGAUGGACGGAAAGAGCUUAUCUAGUCGCAGCCAGUCUAUGAUUGAGGACGAGAAUGAACCAGCGGAAAUUGAGGCUUGGACCAAACUACCCGCGGAUCGCGAGCGUGCCGACAGAGACGAGGACAUUAGCGUUGACGCUUUUAGGCGGAUUCUUCAUGACUCUGGAGAUGCUAGAAGAGCUAGCUUAACAGAACGGUCUAAAAAGUUGAACGACAUGUGCAAAAUUGCUCCCUUCAAAGAGUUGAUUAGUUACCAAGAGAAAAUGGAUAGCCGUUUAUCGUUGACCGUAUUGAAAAUUUUGCGAACUCCACCCGAAAGCAGUUCGGAAUCGUCUUCGCAAGCCAGUUUUGACAUGUACGACGAUAAAGAGCCCACUAUCGGUGAGAAAUUCGAAAUGAAAGUGAAACGCAAUCAUGGAUUGCGGAAAUUGAGCAGUCCGCAGAUUUUUGAUCUGCCAAAUAACGAUCUCAUACAUGUGAAGUGAAUGGUCGGCCUGGGUUGAACGCCGAAGUGUUUUUUUUUGUUGCUUUUGUCCUUUUGCCGUUUUGUGUCUUCUUUUGGAGUUUUGUGUUUGAAGAUUCCAUGACAGUGACUAUGGUUUUGCUAGUCAGAAUGCAAAGUGAUUUGGGUAUAAUUCAGUCUAGGCUGAGCAUUUAUUGAUAGCUUUGGCAUUUUUGUGUUAGUAUUCGCCACUGUGCAGCUUUUGGCCUGUGUCUGUAUUCUGAAACUUUUUGACGUAUGUAUUUUUUCCGAUCGAGGAAUCAGUGAACACAAGUAUGUAUGUAGUUUGCUGCAGGAAUCUGCAUUAAAUUUUGUUCUGU